GAUCUGGCUUCAGUUACAGGGAGCACCACCAGGGAACUUCUCAGGCAGCAAGGCUUAAGAGUCUGUCAGCCAUCAGUCUCUGGCUGUCCUGUGGGAAGGGCCUUGCCUUGCCACCCUUUGCAUUUGACUGCAAAGAUACCUGCGUGGAAGAAGGAAUUACGCUGUUUGGCCUGGCAGGAACUCCGCGGAGCACACCUCGCCGCCAGAAUGCUCCUCCUGCUGCUGGGAAUCAUCGUCCUCCACGUCGCUGUGCUAGUGCUGCUGUUCGUCUCCACGAUCGUCAGCCAAUGGAUCGUGGGCAAUGGACACUCAACUGACCUGUGGCAGAACUGUAGCACUUCCUCCUCUGGAAACAUACAGCACUGUUCCUUGUCAUCGGUAAACGAGUGGCUGCAGUCUGUCCAGGCCACCAUGAUCCUGUCCGUCAUUUUCAGCGUCCUCUCUCUGUUCCUGUUCUUCUGCCAGCUCUUCACCCUCACCAAGGGAGGCCGCUUUUACAUCACUGGAAUCUUCCAAAUCCUUGCCGGUCUAUGCGUGAUGAGCGCGGCAGCCAUCUACACGGUGCGGCACCCCGAGUGGCAUUCCAACUCCGACUACUCCUACGGCUUCGCCUACAUCCUGGCCUGGGUGGCCUUCCCCCUGGCCCUUCUCAGCGGUGUCAUCUACGUGAUCUUGCGGAAACGUGAAUGAGGGGCCCCGACGGUCUGUCCAAGGCUCUGAGUGUGCACAGGGAAGGGAGGAAUGAAACAAGAAAGCAGAAAAAACAAAAACCAACCAACCAAAAGAGCUAGCCAAACACCCAAACUCCAGCCAAACCAAACAGAAAGCAGUUGAAGGGGGGGGUUGCUGUUGACUGAAGAUGUAUAUAAUAUCUAUGGUUUAUAAAACCUAUUUAUAACACUUUUUACAUAUAUGUACAUAGUAUUGUUUGCUUUUUAUGUUGACCAUCAGCCUCAUGUUGAACCUUAAAGAAGUAGCUAAGGAACUUUACAUCCUAACAGUAUAAUCGAGCUCAAUAUUUUUGUUUCAUUUCUUGAUCUUUGGUUUUGCCCCCAAAUAAAAUAGCUUGAUACGGCCCCCUCCCCUUCGUUUGAAACAUGAUACCUCCCUCCCAGUCCCUCCUAGAAAACCAAAGUGUGGGGAUAAACCCACAGUGGCUAAAAGUCCUUAUGUCAUGGGUGUCCCAGGGUAUCCAUCAGAAACGUCCACUGCCUAAACUUCUGUGUGAAGCCCUAGGCAAGCACA